AUGUCCAUGAAACUCGUGAAGGGUGUCCUGUACGGAGAAGGGGAACACCAUGAGAAGCCCAAGCAAACACAUAUCAUCAUCAUCGGUGCAGGUCUCACAAGACUCCUGCUUGCGCAGGGGCUGCGAAAGCUGAACGCGCGACUGGAGGCAGAAGGCCAGUCCGCGCCCUUCACAUUCAGUAUUCAUGAGCGCGACGAAUCCUCGUUCUACCGCGGCGGUGGGUUCAGUCUGAACAUCCACUGGGCGCUGCAGCAACUCUACGACAUUUUGCCGGAGGAACUAUCCGCACGAAUUUUCGACCAGAUGGGCUCAUUUACCUUUCUGAACCUCCAAACUGGAGAGCCCGCGCUCAAAACUACAAUUCCUCCCGGGUGGAAGGGGGCGCGCAUGUCGCGAGUCAGGUUCCUACAGCUGCUCAUGACCAACCUCGAUAUCCACUACUCGCACCGUCUGUCGCAGAUUACGUUUCCCACCGAUGAUACAGUUCGGGCUCACAUUGAAAAUGGUGAUCAGGAGACGGGAUAUCUCCUCAUCGGCGCAGAUGGCACAAAUUCCGUCGUGCGCCGGUUUGUGUAUGGCGCGGAGAAUUCCAAAAACACCCAAUUGCCCAUACGCAUGCUCAAUUGCCGCUCUGAAUAUCCUCUUGAAGAGCUGAAGGCUUGUUUGAGGGUCGAUCCGCAUCUCUUCCAUGCCGGGAUCCCGUGCAAGAUGGCUAUUUUAUGUUCGCUUUUCUGGAUAUGCCGCCGCCGGGGUCGAAGAACGGAAACACCGUCCGAUCCGCCACCCGAGCUUCCUGAGCAACUAGCAUGGUUGAAGCACAUGGCCAAACAUUGGGCGAAUCCCGUGCAUGACCUGAUCUACGGUAUGCCGGAUGAUAGCAUUGUUCAAGUUAUCCGUGUGCAAGAGUGGAUGCCGAAUGAUGCCAAUCGGCGUCCGACAGACGGACGAAUCACCACGGUGGGAGAUGCCGCUCAUCUAAUGACGUCUUUUCGCGGAGAGAAUGCCAAUCAUGGCGUCGUUGAUGUGGCCCAGCUACUCGCUCUGUUAGCACCCAGUGGAAACAAACCAACUGAUUUGAAGGAGGUUGCGAGCACGUAUGAAAAAGAGAUGGUCCAGCGAUCUCGACCGCCAACGGUCAAGGCCCAAGAGGCUUGCCUGGACGCCAAUCACUAUUCCAAGAUAACUUCUGACAGCCCGUUCCUGUCUUGA